AUGAAGGCUCAGAAGUAUAUGGUGGAGUGUCAGCAGGUCGGCCAAAACGUGUGGAAGAAGUCUUCCCUGGCCAACCAGCUCCUUCAAAGGUGGUUCAGAAACUGUAUAAACCUGGCAUGGACUCCACCAGAGAAAGACAGGGUCCAGACUUUUGGGUUACCAGCUGGAGAAAUGCCAGAAAGAUACAAACCAGUGGGGGACUCUGAACCCAUAAGGCCGUACUUCAAAGAUCCCGUAGACUUCAUGAUUGCAAGAGCAGGAAAUUCUAUCAGAAUCAAAGUCAAUUAUGAGGGAACUCCACAGCCGGAUAUAACAUGGCUGAAAAACGAAGAACCUGUUUCCUCCUGGGUUAACAUUAUUAAUGUUGAGAACAUGUCCACACUCGUCAUCCCCUCCUCUCAAUAUCCUGACUCGGGAGUUUACACAAUCAUGGCCAAAAACUCUAGUGGACACAAUAGUUUCGACAUAGAGGUCAGAGUUCAGAUGAACCAAAGCGCCCAUCAGGCCCUGUGGACCCGGAGCAGGUGGUUUAUGGUAAAGUGAUUAUCACAUGGGCUCCAUCUCCAGACCAGGAACUGAAUGAACGACUGCAUUACCUGGAGGCAGAACACGAGUCCAAUACACAGCUUUAACGUGUCAUAGCAACUUUUUUUGACACUCUCCGAUCCCUCUGAAUUACCAACGUGGGGUGCCAAUGAUCU